GAUUCCUGUCCAUCGAUGGGAUUCUCACCUCUGGCUGGAUCUGUGGGAUUAUGGAAAUAAGUUAUCACACUUGAGCAAACCCACGACAAGUUUGCAGUGAACCAGCUCUUGGUAUUUUUAAAUUAAUGCCAAGAUCCAACAGCUGUUGGAUAUUCUUCUAUUUUCCUCUUUCUAGAUGAAGUAAUUUGAUAUUGAUAUUGGUGGUUGAGUGCACGUGAAAUGAAUUUACUUCUGAUAUGAAUUCUUAUUUAAUUUCUUGCUUCACGUCUUUUUGUUUGAACACAUGAGAAGUAACUUGGACAGUGUGUUUCCUUCUUUUUUAAUGUGAUAAAACCCCUCCAAGCAAUAAAACUUAAUUCAAUGCAAGUUGCUCUCUAAUUAUGUCAGUGUAUGGAUGAAUAGGAAGGAUUCAUCUUUCAACAUGUUCUCAAUAAAUAUCUUGUCCCAGCCAAAGCAGAAGUUGACAUUAUGCAAAUGGUUCACUCUGUUCUGGUUACUUAAAGCAGAAAUACCUCAAAGGAACAGUAUCUUGAGCUUGCUUGUGUCAGAACAUUUUCCUAGGAAAAUCCCAUUUUGCAAUGCCAGCUACCGUGUGCUACUUGACUUGUGAUUUAUUUAGGAUUGCUAUUUGUAUCAGGCAGGGCUAUCAUCAUGGGUCUGGAAUUCAGAAAUAUUUUUCUGUAGUUUGUGUUAAAUACGAGGAUGGAUAAUUUUGUUCCUUCCUAAAAACUACUUUUAUGUUUAGCAUAGCAUUCUGUAUGAAAUCUAUGUAGAGGAGUUUGGGUUUGAUUUUUUUUUCACCUCUAGCUUGUGACUUGUGCUUUCUGCAUUUUGACAAAAACCAAAUAAACCCCCCCAAAAAAAUCCAGUCCAGGCGAACUAAAAAAUCAUCACCACCACCAAAACCCAACCAAAAACUCCCAAAUAUUUUCAUUAAGAAAAUUAAUUACAUCUCGGGUAAGUUCAAGGCAUACCAAAAUUAUUGCCAGGUCCAGUUCCCAGGCAGGCUAUUAAACUACAUGUCAAAAAUUAAAACAAGGUAGAACAGAACAUGAUAUUAGCUGUAGAGUUCUACUUGUUACAGAGGUGAAACCUGGUGUAGGCUGGAAUUGCUUCACGCAGACCUUACUUAUCAGUGAGUGUUGAAUUAACCUUUUCUGCAGCCAUUGUGAAAAGAUGUUUGGAUGCCUCAGUUCAGUGUUAGUUAAAACAUUUCAGGAACACUUGUGGUGCUCUUCUGUGUGGGAUUUAGAAACAGCUUGUUGUAACAAAUUCUGCAAGUAGGUGUUUACGUUCCACGGCAGUGACUGCCAUUGCUGUCUAAUGUGUUAAACGUCUGUUUAGACAGCAGAGCCUUUCAUAUAAACUAUUGCCAAUUACACUUCAAAAGGACAUGAAAAAUUUCUGGAGAAUUUUUAAUUUAGCUGCUCUAAUAUUUUCUUGGCUGCAGUUGUUGAACUUGUGACAGCGAUUGAGCAUCUGCUGGAGUAAAAGUCCCUGAAUAGAAGCUGUUGUAGCCUGAGGGGAUUUAUAGAAGAAAAAGGGUUAAUUAUUGAAAUAUGUUAAUUAAAGGCAAAGGGUGAUGAUUACUGUGUGCUUAGCAAAUAGCACCUGCUCAGCUUAGGGCAUGUGGUUAAGAGGACAUUCUGCUGUAGUCUGAGAUAGUCUGGCUUGAGGAGUUUGGGUUUAUAGAGUUAUAAAACCUAGUACAGGAUCUAACCAUGUUCUCCUGAGUAAGAUGUCAGGCAUAAUUUUGCAUUAAUAUUUGCAAGUAAACCAAUAUUAAAGCAAAUAUUAGCAAGAAUUGUAUUAUAGGCCUCAGACACUGGGGUUUGAUAUGGUAGAUAAAAAUAUGUAAAGUUUUGUUGAAAAUCUGCUGAUCUAAGGGUUGGGUAACAACCCUGUGGUAGGUGAAUUUCUGUACAGAAAAUUUUGAUUGUUCAACAGUCACUGAUCACUUCUGGUCAUUAACACAGUCAAAACUGUCACCCCUUAAACUCUACUUAGUUGGAAGGGAGAAACUCCUUCAAUUUUUUUCUGUCACUUUUUUGAAAGGAGUGUGGGUGUAAGUUUGUUUUAGGAAGAGAUAUUUCAGGAAGUGACUUUUUGUAGCUGGAAUAAGCAUUAGGUCUUGGUGGCUUGGAAGAAAACCAAAUAUCUCUUAGCAUGUUUCGAAAAUGUGUGAGUCUUGAGUGCAUUAAAUUGUGUAAACAACGUUUUGGCGAGUCAGCAGAGCAUCGUAUUCAAGUGAGGACAACUUACAGAAAACCAGUUGACUCUGGAAUAUGGGACUGUCUGGAUAGCCAAACGUUAUCAAGAAUGUGCCCAAGAUGUAUGCAGUGUGAUACAAAAUUUGACUUCAUAACUAGAAAGCAUCACUGCCGAAGGUGUGGGAAGUGUUUCUGUGACAAGUGCUGCAGUAAAAAAGUGCCUCUGCCUCGCAUGUGCUUCGUGGACCCCGUGCGCCAGUGUGCGGAGUGCGCCCUGGUCUCGCAGAAGGAGACGGAGUUCUACGACAAACAGCUCAAAGUGCUCAUGAAUGGUGCUACAUUCUUUGUAACUCUGGGAGCAUCUGAUAAAUCUGAGCUCAUGGUUUGUCGACUUUCCAACAACCAGAGAUACCUGAUUUUGGAUGGAGACAGCCAUUAUGAAAUUGAAAUUAUACAGAUUUCAACUGUUCAGAUACUUACAGAGGGAUUUACUCCUGGAGAAAAAGAUACUCACACUUACACCAGCCUUCUGGAGAGCCAGCCUGUUACUGAAGGAGGCAACACUCGUGCCAUAGGAAUGAUCCUGCAGUACAAGGUACCAGGGUCGGAGGAGGUGACACAGAUGAAGUUUACUGCUGGUGAAGACUUCAGCUGUAACAAGAAGCUGUCAGCAGCCUGGCUUGCAGCUAUGCAUAAGGCAACAAAACUUCUCUACGAGUCUCGGGACCAGUGAGAACUGCAGAUGUGGCCUCCUGAGGGCACACACAGACACCAGCCUCCACAGACCUGCCUCUCACUUUGUGCUGAUUUGAUAGCUGGAAAUAUUUGCUGUUCUUGACUCUCUCAUUCCAGUGUGGUUCAUCAUGUAAGAACUGGCAAAUGCAAUGUGAGUAUUUUUUUGAACCAUGAGUAUUCACGGUAGUGUGCAAUAUGUAUACAGUUAAUGCUUUAAACAGCCUCACCUUUUAAGACUUUGUAUAUUUUGUUAAGCCUUUACUGGCACUUAAUAUGAAAGUGACCUGCACUACAGCUAAUGUACAGCACAACUUUUUUAGUAACCAUUAUAUAUACUGUUUGCUACAGGAAGCAAACAAAUGUGUAUAUCUCUUCUGCAGAGAAUAGCUUUUGGGUAUAGAUCUCAGGUUUUUCCCUCUAUCCAAAUGUUUAAAAUCAAUGUACAAAAAAAUCUGCCUUAGAUAUGAUUUUAUAGAAAUCACAUGAGUUUUUUUAAACAUUUAAUUUUAAACAUCUAAAUAUUUCACCAAAUACCACCGAAUUGACUUACAUGAACUUGACCUUGAAACUUCACUUCUGUAAUAAGCUUCCAGAAUAAUUUUUAGUUUUGUAUUUUCUUUUUUGGUAACUAGCUUUUGUUAAUCUGUUAUGCUACCUGAAAUUGUAUACAAUUUAAUGUACAAAUAUGAAUAAAUUAAUUCACUUAUUUAAAAAAAGAG